AUGAGCACUCGUUUCGACACCUUGAAAUCCCAGCUGGAAACUCUCUCAUUUGAAAAUCUCCAAACGCGUUCAAUAGCCCCAAAUGACUCUCUUGCCCGCAAACGUUCCUUAAUUCAAAAAGACGUCGAAAGAAAAUGCAAAGAACAUUCUGAAUUAAAACGAACUUAUACUGAGCUUACCACAUCUACUUUAAAACAAGAAGAAAUUCAAAGAACCCAGCUGCAAGAGCUUGAAGUUCAGCUAGACGUCAUCCUCACUCAAAAGCGGCGUGAAAGGGCAAACCUACGUCGCCAAUCAGAAAGAAUCCAAGCACAGAUUGAGACUUAUAAAGAUUCAGUAGGAAAAAUUGAUAAACAAAUGCAAAGUUUAGAAGAAAAAGCUGAAAAAGUCACCAAUUUGAUGAAGGAUGAACAGAGUGUGAGGCUUGAAGCCUUUAAAUCUGCCCUAAAACCUCUUGAAGACACUCAGGUUACUAUACAAGAAGAGCGAAAAAAUCUUGAUUUGCAACGUCAAAAUUUAAUGGAAAGACUUCAAGGACUUGAUGGAAAUUUUUCCUUGAAAAGUGAUGCAAUAUUAGAAUUGAAAAAGAAAAAACAAGAAAGCAUUGCGAAUAAGGAAAAAGUUAAGAAAGCAAUGGAAGAAAUCAAAAAAAAGCAUCAUAAUGAUUAUAAGAUUUUUUUCCAAGAAAUUGAAACAAAAGAGAUUUUAACGACAAUUAAAGAUAAAAAAGCUAAGCAGACCACAACGAUAAAAGAAGCUGACCAAACGAUUGCAGUUCUUGAUGCAGAAAUUGAAAGGGCAAAUAAUGAACUAGUUUCGAUGGAAAAUGAUAAUAAAAAAAAUCCGCAAACUUCGAGAAGCGAAAGAGAAUUAGUAGAUAUUGAAAAACUUUUAGCUUUGAAAUGCAAAGAUCUGCAAGUGAGGAAUUUAAAAGAAGUUAUAGCUCAAGUGUGUGAAGGGAGCAAUUUUAAUGUUUCUCAGAAUAUUCUGAAAGAGCAGUUUAAGAUUGUGGAGGCGAAAGAGUUUGAUAUGAUGGAAGAAUGAAAGUUGGAAGAAGAACAAAUGGAAGCAAAAAUACAAGAAAUGAAAAAACUCGCUGAUGAGCAAGAGGGAGAAAUUUUAUGCAUGAUUUCUGCAGACCAAAGUGAUCCAGCAUUAGAGAAUAUGCUAAGAGAUAUGCAAAAUGCUUUAGCACAAAUGAGAGAAGAGGCUGAAAAAGCUAAGCGGCGUUACAGGUGCAAAAUGGCAGUACUAGGACAAUGGAAAAACCAAAACCGAAGCGUAUUAUUAUCAGAUUCUCCAUCAGCUCUUCCAAGUGAUUCUGACAUUAGCAAAGCAUUCAAAAAGCAAAUCCAGCAAUCAGCCAAAAGUCAAGGCGAAAUUACUGCAAUUGAAAGCAUUUUUACAAACUAUAUCAACAAAGUAUGCCAAAGAGAAGACCUAAUGGGUAGAGAUAGCGAAGAUAUAAGUGAAAAAGAAUCAAGAAUUGCUGAGCAAAAAGAAAAGCUGGCUGCUCUCAAAGGUAGACGUUUGGCCCUUCAAACUGAAAAAGACACUCUCCAAAAAGAAUUUCUAAAAAUUUUACUUCUCGAAAAAGCAGCAAUAAAAAAAUUCGAAAAUGCCAAAGCAGAAGUCGAAGUCCAAAGAAGAAAAAAAAUAGAUGAAGCCGUAAGCCAAAAUUUCACCAAAAGCAAUCAAGAAUUAGCACAAAUCCAAAAAACGUAUGGAGAUAAAGCUUUAAAAAAACUUCGUGAUCAAGAGCUAAAAUCUAUGAACGAAAAUCAGAAAAAAUGCAAUAAAGAGGUAAGAAAAAAACUUGAAGAGGUGCAGCUAGAAAUGCAGCACUGGGAUAAUGAAAUAGAAAGGGUUGAAAAAAGCAUCGAAGACCAUAUGACUCCAGAAGUUCUAUCAAUAGAAGAAGAAAUUUCUACAUUAAAAAAGCAAAUAAAUUCAAUUAAAGAGCAAGACCAAAUUUUAGCUGAGGCUGAGCUUGAUGUAGAAGCAAAAUUAGAAUCUUUGAUGGAGUCUAAAAGAAUUGAUAUUACGAGGAAUCUGCAAAAAAUAGUGCUGCACCAUGGAGGUGAAGUUGAUUUAGCUAAAUUGGAUAAGCUCAAAAAAAAUAAAGAAAAAAAAGAAGAGGCUAUUGAUCAGCUUGAGCAUGAAAUUGAAAUUAUUAAUAAAGAUUUUUCUGAUAAAAUCACUGUUGUUGAAAUUGAAGAAGCAAAAAUAAAAGCAAGAGUUAACCAAAUUCAAGAAGAGCUGAUAAACUUGCAGCAGGAUAAGCAAAAAGUAAAUGUUUUAAUGAAAAAAUUGAAAAUUUCUCAAAAAGAAAUUGAGCAUUUAGGAAUUCAAGAAGAGGAUGUUGAGCUAUUUAUGGAGAGAUCUGCUAUGCUGAAGCCGAAACCACAAGAAGAAAGAAAAGGAAUGACAAGGUCUCAAAGUUUGCCAAGAAUAAGAUCAGAAAGCUUACUCCUCCUCCGUGAGCGAAAUAACAUUUGAAAAAUACCUAUGUUUGCCCAAAACCUACCCUUCGCGAGCGAACAAUUUUUUUUAUGAAAAAAUUUUUAUAUAUAAGUGAUAAUUAGUAUAAUGAAAUCUCUUGCUAAUUCUGCUUAAUUUUAAAGAAUCGCAUUUAAAAACAUAAAUUUUACAAAUUUGAUUAAUAUUUGAUUAUCAAUUUUCUGCAAAUUGGGAUUAUUUUAAAUUUCGAAAUAAAAUUUACUAUAAAAUUUAUAUAUAUAAUUUUUUUCAAAAACAAUUAACCCUUCAAUGAACGAACAAAAUAUUUUAUUCGCUCGCAGGGGAGUUAGAUAAGAGUAGAGACGAAAUGUUCGAAGCAGAGGAAGAAGAAAAGAAAGAUGAACAGGAAAGCAAAAAUAUACCAGAAAACCAAGAAAGCCAAGAAAACGAAACAUCUCCAGUUGAAGCGAUGAAUUCAAUAAAUGAAACUGAAAUAAAUCCAAUCAAUGAAAAUGCAAGCGAAUGUUCAGAAUCCAAAUUUAAAUUUAAUUAUAAAGAUUUGACGAAGGCUGAAAUAGCCUUCUUACCCCUAGUCUGCAAAUUAAUGGGUGCACAUAAUAAUCCUUUUAGAAAAUUCAAUUUUUAUAUAUCAAUAAUAUAAGUACCCUUAUUUAUUAAGAAGGGAAGUUAGAAACUAUCAAACCCUUGCUGGAAGGCAGUACACUUUAUAAGCGUCUUAGCCAGAGAAAUUCUUUACAAUUCCCUGAAUUUGAUGCUUUAGACCCUGAAAACCCGCCUCCAGAAAAUUGUGGAUAUCAAAUCAGAAACUUCAGCCUCCUAAAGCAUUUAAAUAAAAUUGAAAUUAGAAGGCCAAAUAAGCCAGGAAUAGAAAGCAACAUUUUAAUAGAUCAAAUUUUAGACGUAGUUCUUCCAAAGCACACAGUAGAAAUCUUAAAAGCCAAGAAAAAAUUAUUGACAAGUAAUGAUGACUUAUUAGACUCAGAAGCUGCCAUGAAAAAAUAUUUGGAAAUGAAAGAAUCAGGCCACAUUAAUUAUUUUGAUCCUUGUAUAAAAGUACUGAGUGAGUCAUGCGAUUGUUUUCCUUUUUUUGUCACUUUGGAUAAAGGAGGAAGAGUUGAAUUGAUUGCUGAUAGCUACUCUACCUAUAGAAUUUGGGUUGAUGGCAUACAAGGAUUAAUCAAAUUUAAAAAACAAUUGGGAAGGCUUAAAUAUAAGAUAAUCAGCGAUUAA